AUCGACUCAUCGAUAGAACAUAACCUUCCGUUAGUGGGAGUCAUACACCGGUGUCUGUAUGAUUCUUGACUUGCAAUUUGAUUAUUGCUAUUUUAUUUUUAGUGGACAUAAAUAAUUUACAGUGGGCUUGUCACAAUGUUGCGCAGAGUUAUCUUAGGAACACGCAAUCAUAUCGGUCGAUUAAACAACGCACGAUUUUUAUCACAAGACACUAAUGAAGCCACAAAAAUAGAAAAGUCUGUAAAUAGUGUAACUUUACUGGGAAGAGUUGGGGCAAAUCCACAGAAACGUGGUACUACUGAGCAUCCAGUUGUAAUAUUUUCUCUCGCAACGCAUACAAACUAUAAGUAUGAAACAGGUGAUUUCAUGCAAAGGACAGAUUGGCAUAAGGUAUGUGUCUUCAAACCUAAUCUGAGGGAUGCUGUAUAUCAGUUCUUGAAAAAAGGCCAGCGAGUAAUGGUUAAUGGUAGAUUAAGUUACAGUGAAUUUAAAGAUGAUGAAGGAAAUUCUCGUCCUAGUACAGCUAUCAUAGCAGAUGAUGUAAUAUUUUUUCAAUGAGGGCAUAUGUACAUGUAAAUGAUAUAUCUUUUUA